UAAAAAAUAUUGAUUAUAAACAUUACCGCUAUACAGUUCAAGCUAGGAAAUUUUUAAUAAUGAAAAAUAAUUAGGAACUCUAUUUUCAUUAAAAUUAUUUUUUUCCAACCGUAAAAAGAAAAAAAUCAACGUGCCACGGACCCUCACACCGACGACUUCUACCCAAUUAAAAAAUAACACGUAUGAAAAUCCACUUCGUAUGACGUGUCCCCUUGGUUCAAGGUCGUCGAGGUCUCCUUCCCGAAAGAGUGAACGUCGCUCGCUCCAGAUCUCCCUCACUUUAUAGAACGCGUCUCCGAGGAGUCUUUCUCUCUCUCUCUCUGUGCAAACCCGUGGAUACACACAUUGAAGAGCUCGGUCGGGCGAUUAGACGCCGGUGAAUUGAUCGCGGUUUGCGACGGUCAUGGCGGAAGACAAGUACAACCGGAAGAACCCCGCGGUGAAGCGGAUCCUGCAGGAGGUUAAGGAGAUGCAGUCCAACCCCUCCGAUGAUUUCAUGAGCCUCCCUCUCGAGGAGAAUAUAUUUGAAUGGCAGUUUGCAAUCAGGGGGCCUGCUGAUUCUGAGUUUGAAGGAGGCAUCUAUCAUGGACGGAUACAAUUGCCUGCAGAAUAUCCAUUCCAGCCUCCUGCUUUUAUGUUGUUAACUCCAAAUGGUCGCUUCGAAACUCAAACCAAGAUAUGCUUAAGUAUAUCCAAUCAUCACCCUGAGCACUGGCAGCCAUCAUGGAGUGUUCGGACUGCUUUGGUAGCUCUAAUUGCAUUCAUGCCAACCAACCCAAACGGCGCAUUAGGCUCACUAGAUUACAAGAAGGAAGAAAGGCGUGCUCUCGCCAUCAAAUCUCGUGAAGUAGCCCCAAAAUUUGGGACUCCAGAACGUCAGAAACUAAUGAAUGAGAUUCAUGAAUAUAUGCUAAGUAAGGUCCCCCAAGUUCCUCAGGUCAGUCCUUCAGAGUCUUCGGAUGAACACUCACCCAAAAUAGAAGGUGAAGCACCUGCGAGUCCUCAAAAUGCAGACCCUGCAUCUGCUGGGGAAGGGCAUCAAAAUCCUGGGCCAGAUGACAGGAUUGCUGAAGACCCACAUGAGGCUCCUGGGAAUGCCAAUGCAAGACCAGUGUUGUCAAGACAGGUUAGUGCUGGAGAUUCCGGUGAGCAGCUGCUGCAAACGCCAGAACUCAGGGUUCAAAGACCAGCUGAUGAUCGUUUGUUCACAUGGGCAGCUGUUGGACUUACAAUAGCUAUUGUGGUUCUGUUGCUGAAAAAAUUUAUGAAAUCCAGCGGGCAUGGUGCUGUUUUCAUGGAUGAAUCAUAGAUAUGACGCUGAUAAUGCUGGUUUGACAGAAGAUUUCUCUCUUGUGGGUGAAUGAGAAAGAUAGUCCAUGCAGGUAUUAUUCCAAACAGGAACAUAUUCUGUAAUAUAUUUAUGAUCAUUCUAAAUAAUUUUCUAAAUCUAGAUAUAGUAUAAAUGUGUAUUCCAUUCAAGCAUGAUUGAUCUGUUUCUUUGUGGUUUUGAUUGUGAGCACGGUUUUUGGGCCGGUUUCGAUGGGAAAGUAGAUCUUGUAAGUAUUUUAGUAACAAUAAACAUGAAAUCUGAUUAUAAUCGAAGUUUGGUUCGGUUCAGUUCAGUUCA